UCUCUGUGUUCAGAGGUCCGAGCCCGGCGCAGAGGAGUGGCUUCAGUUCUGAAGCUCUGCCAGAAGCUGCUGCAGCAGAGCCAGUCGGGCCCCAUGGCAGAGGUGGGCCCAGAGGCGGAGCAGCACCGUGAGGCCCUUCAGCUGCUGUCAAUCAACCUAGAGAGGAGGUGGGAAGCCAUCGUGAUGCAGGCCCUGCAGUGGCAGAACCGCCUGAAGAAAGAGCUGGGAGAGCAGCAGGUUAGAACACACUACAGUUACAGUGUCACCCUACAGUUACAGUGUCACCCUACAGUUACAGUGUCACCCUACAGUUACAGUGUCACCCUACAGUUACAGUGUCACACUACAGUUACA